CAUGUUACUCAUACCCUGUUGGCUGGGCUCCGUCCUGCUGAAGAGGAGGAUCACAUAUUGUCCUGGUGUUUAAGCAGAGCAGGUAGACGCACAGGAAGAGAGGGGAAACAUGUUUUUUACGACUCUGCUCUGUCUGCUGUUACUGCGGCCUGGCUUCACCGCUCUAAUGAGUUCUCCAUUGGACGGGCUUUUUCAUCACUCCCCCAGUCAAAGAGACAUAGUUUCCGCUCCUGGCUCUUCUGAUGCCUCAGUGAGUGAGCGGCAGCGACGCUCGGCUCUGAUGCCUGAUAUCACACAUCUGGAACUGCUGGUGGUGGUCGGGCCUGAUGUGCAGCAGGUCCACAAACAGGAUACAGAACGAUACAUCCUCACCAACCUCAAUAUUGCCUCAGAGCUGUUGAGAGACAUGGCCCUGGGAGCCAACAUGAGGGUGCACCUGGUCCGCAUGAUCAUCCUGACAGAGCCAGAGCCAGAAAUCCAAAUGUCUCCCAACAUUACCUCCUCUCUCAGAAGUGUGUGUGACUGGGGCAGAAGGAUAAACCCCCCAAACGAUACAGACCCACUCCACGCUGAUCUCCUCUUAUACAUAACAAGAUACGACCUGGAGUUGCCUGAUGGGAACAAGCAGGUCAGGGGCGUAGCACAGCUGGGUGGGGCUUGCUCCAGUGACUGGAGCUGUGUGAUCACAGAGGACACGGGCUUUGACCUGGGGAUCACUAUCACUCAUGAGAUUGGCCACAGUUUUGGAAUCAACCAUGACGGAGUAGGGAACACCUGCAGCAGGAGUGGGUUCAUGAUGGCCUCUGACGGAGGCUACAACAGUGUGGAUCUGACCUGGUCUCCCUGCAGCAGACAGCAGCUGCUCACAUUCUUCAGUGAAGGAAAAGCUGAAUGUGUGAAGGACCUGCCUGCACUGGGAGGCUCCCUCCAAGACUGGAAGCCUGGUCUGUACUAUGGAGUUGAUGACCAGUGCCGUAUAGCUUUUGGUAGCACUGCAAGAGCCUGCUCUUUCACCAAUCCUGACCUGCCAGCUUGUCGUGUCCUGUCCUGUCACAUUAACCCUGAUGAUGACAGCUCCUGCAAACGUCUCCUGGUCCCACUGUUGGACGGGACAGAGUGUGCACCUAAUCAGUGGUGUCUGAAGGGGCGUUGUGUGUCAUCAGAUGAGCUCAGCUCGUCUGUGGUGGUGCACGGCUCCUGGUCCAGCUGGUCUGAGUUCUCGCCCUGCUCACGGAAAUGUGGUGGGGGAAUCACUCACCGCACGCGGAAAUGCAAUAACCCAAGACCUGCUUUUGGAGGGAAUGACUGUGAGGGACCGGAUAUUGAAGCUGAACUUUGUCACCAGCAGCCAUGUGAGAGCACCCAGCUGGAUUUCAUGGCAGAGCAGUGUUCCCAAACAGACCUCCACCCCCUUUACCUGCAACCACACACUGCUUCCUUCUACACCUGGAUCCCUGCUAUAGGCUUCGCACAAGGGGACGAGCAGUGCAGAUAUAUGUGCCAGUCGAGAGGAGAGAACUUCAUAGUGAGCCGUGGCUCUCAGUUUGUGGACGGGACUCGCUGCGAGCCAGACAGCCCGCCUCCCUUUGGCUCCACAGCUGCUUGUCUCAGAGGGAAAUGCCAGCUGUUUGGCUGUGAUGGUGUGCUGCACUCUGGGAAAGUGAUGGAUGUAUGCGGGGUGUGUGGUGGAGACGGAUCAUCCUGCAGUUUGAUCUCUGACUCCUACAAUGGUGGUCGGGCCAGAGAGUACACCACCUUCCUCACUCUGCCAGUGAAUGCCACACAGGUUCAUAUUGUCAACACGGCACCUCUGUUCACUCAUAUAGCUGUAAUGUUUGGGGGUAGAUACAUUGUGUCCGGGAUGGGAAGCAUGGCACUGAAUAUGACCCAUCCCUCCCUGCUGGAUGAUUAUCGCUUAGACUACCGUCUCCACCUGACCUCUGACCUUUUGCCUGAGAUGGAGGAGCUGCUGCUGCCAGGGCCGCUGUCAGAAGAGAUAAACAUACAGGUCUAUCGCAAAUAUGGAAAAGAAUACGGAGAGAAAACGAAUCCAAACAUUAGCUACCAGUUCUAUGUACCAACCAGAAACAGUGACUUGACGGGCAUUACACCAAAAGGGAAAUGGGCUUUCUUCACAACACCCUGCUCUGUCUCCUGUGGAUCAGGUGUACAGAGGCACGUAUCUAUCUGUAUAGAUGAGGAUACCAACAACCAUUUGGAGGAACACAACUGUGAAACACCUCCUCCACCUGUACCGCUCCACACAAGCUGUCAGCUCUCACCCUGUCCCCCCAGGUGGGAUACAGGGGUGUUUGGGCCCUGCAGUGCCUCCUGUGGUGGAGGAGAGAGAGUGCGUCCUGUAAGAUGUGUUCAGAAAGAUGGAGCCAAUGUAGUUAAGGUUCCUGAUUCUGAAUGCUCAGCUGACACAGCUCCGAAUACUGUUGAAAAAUGUAACCUGCAACACUGCCCUGCCAGAUGGCAUGUGUCAGAGCCAGGGGAGUGCUCAGCAGUGUGUGGGCCAGGGGAGGCAAAACAAGUUGUGUCAUGCAUCCGGCCAGAGAAUGGUCAGGAUGUUGAAGUGGAUCAGAGCUUUUGUUCGUUGCAGAUCAGACCACCUGAUUCUGUGCCCUGUGUGACCGAUGUUUGUCCCAUUGGUUGGGAAUCUAAGGGAGAGGAACAGGCCCUGCUGAAGUCUGGGGUGUCGCCACGCUCCAGACAGGCUCCUGUAUAUGUCUGGAGUCCUGUUAUCAGCCAGUGCUCAAAAACCUGCGGCAAUGGAACCCUGCAGGUGUGGUUCUCCUGCAUGGACCACCAGACCAGACUGAGGAUGACUGACGUCCACUGUGAUGCUUCUACCAAACCUCUUCCUCAGUCUGAGAGCUGCAACACAUCUCCCUGCCCCCCCGUGUGGCGCUCUAAGCAAGGAGUCUGCAGUGUAACUUGUGGAGGAGGGGUGGCCAACAGGGUGCUGUACUGUGCCAGAGAAACAGAAGGGGAGGAGGAGGUGGUGGAGGAUUCAGAGUGCAGUGACUUUCCCAAACCCACAGCAGUGGUUUCAUGUAACGACCACAGCUGCCCGGCAAGGUGGAAAGUAUUCAGCACAUCGCCCUGCUCAGCAUCCUGUGAUUUGGGUGUAGCUCAGAGGACCGUGUCUUGUGUCCAGUUUGUCCAAGGCAAGGAGAGCUUGGUGCCGGAGGAGAGCUGCCGGGAAGCUGUCAAACCUGCCACCACAGUGCCCUGCCUGGUGCAGGUGUGCACCUUUAGGUGGGAGGUGAAACCAUGGAGCCAGUGUUCAGUGCCCUGCGGCUACGGGAUCCAGUCUAGAGCUGUGUCCUGCAUGGGCCCCUCUAAGCCGGACCCCCUCAGCCCUCUGCUUUGUAUGCACAUGCCUAAACCCAUCACCAUCCAGGGCUGCUACACGAGCAGCUGCGGAGACGUGCCACCCACCUCAGAUGCUACUACUGCAGUGAUGCCACAGCACCCACUGGACCAUCCUUCUUUAAGUCCAACAGAGGCAGUCACCAUCCCACAGGCCACUCCAACGACCACCCCAACCCCUAAACCCAGUGCAUGUGGGCAGCUACUCCUGGAGGAGUCUGGCGUGGUGGACUUAAAAGACGUGACUGGUCGUUGCAUGGUAUCCAUAGGUCGACCCCUGGAUGAGGUCAUUAAUAUUAAAGUGGAAUCUGGCUCCUUGAACUGCAGAAAGAAGGAGUAUGUUGCAUUUUUCGACCGACUGGCAUUUGUGAGGAAGUGCGAGCAGGUAGCAGGCAGUGAACUGACCACCAGAACCAACGUCUUGCUGGUGCGUCAAAACCUGCUCACCCCAGGGGCCGGGGUUGUGUUUACCUUCAGUUCGCAGAAAAACACGAAGAAGAGCCACCAUCAGGAUUGUGACAUCCAGCUGUUUUCCCCAACUGGUGUUUUUGAGAAUCCAACAACAUCCAACACCAACCACACCUGUCGAGUCCUUAUCAACGCCCCUCCCUCAGUCAAGAUCAGAAUCCAAGCGCUGCACAUAGGAUUAGUAUUCAACUCCACCAACUCCCAGUCUACAUACAUCAUGAUCCGGGACAUGGAUGUCUUAAAGACCAAUGUGUUUAAAGGCCAGCAGCUGUUUCAGUGGCACUCCUCUGGAAAUAUGGCUGAGAUUGAAUUUCAUGGACACUACCUGCAUUCCAAAGGGAGCUUCCGAGCUGAAUAUGCCUUUAUGCGUCUUUGAUACCAAAUAUUCUGUAUUUUCAGGAACUAACAAGUUUCACUAUAUUGAAAUGUAUGUUUUACAUUUCUUUAGUUAAGGUCAAGUGUGUAGGAUUCCACAGAGUCUGCCAUGUUGUUUCUACAGUGGCCCAGAGCGGACAGACCAAACACUGGCUCUAGACAGGGCCAUUUCAUUUGUGUUUUCACAUCAGCCACUGUUGUUCUCCCACACACUUGGCAAGUAAGUUUCAGUUAGUUGCAAUCUGCAACCUCACCACUAGAUGCCACUAAAUCCUACACACUAGACAUGAAAUACUUAUGUUUUUGUAACAGCCAUAAACUUCUAGCCAUUAACCUCUAUUAAGCUAAAUACUUUCUUCUGGUUUUCAUUCCUAUACGUUGAUCAUUUUUACCUGAUAUAAAUAAUAAAUAAACCAAAGCACUCAA